AUGGGGCAGGCUGGGUGCCAAUUCCAAGCCCUGGUCUGGAAGAAUGGACUUUGCCGGCUGCGGCAACCGGUCAUUUCCCUCGCCGAGUUCUUCUGGCCCUGCAUCUUGUUCACAAUUCUGAUGGUCCUUCGGUUUCAGGAGCCUCCCAGACACAGAGACAGCUGUUUCCUGCAGCCCCGGGAUCUGCCCAGCCGGGGUGUCCUCCCCUUUGUCCAAAGUCUUCUUUGCAACACUGGCUCAACCUGCAGGAACGUCAGCUUUGAAGGGUACAUGGACCACCAUUUCCGCCUUUGUAGGUUCCAAACUGCUGGUGCUGACAGGAUGGUGGACAGCCUGGACUUCUUAGCGCAGAUGCAGGACCUGGCUGAGGACAUUUACGAGACGGUGGGCAAGGCGAAGCACUUGCAGGAGCUCUGGGAAGAAAGCGCCCAGACUCCAGACUCCUCUUACAGUUCUGGUUUUUUAAUGAUGGAUCUCAACCACACGGAGGCAGUGAUUUCGGAGCUGGAAACCCUCCAUCAGCAGCCGCACCUCUGGGAUUUCCUGCUCUCACUGCCAAGCCUGGGAACUCCCGGGGUUCACGUGGGAGACGCCUCACAAUCCACGGUGUACUUUCUCCGGGCAGUGUUAAACUCUGUAGCGUCUCUGCACAAGUUAGAUCUGCUCAGCACCACACUCUCCCAGGUGUCUGAAGUCCUGCUGAAUGUGACCAUCUCGGCACUGGCUUCCCUGCAGCAGCCCAGAGGAACGGCCACAGAGUCAGUUUAUCACCUUCCCCUGCACAACCUGGUAUGGGACCCGCAGAAAGUACGGAGUGACCUCAAAUUGCAGUUCGGUUUCAAUGAUCUUCAAGCAGAGCGAAUCCUGAAUUAUUCAGAAGAGCUUCAGGAGUUUCCCACAGAGUGCAAUUUAGAGCGAAUGGUGAGCUCUGUCCUGUCCAACUUGUCCAGGGAAGAAGCUGAGUGAGAAGGCCAUGGUGGAGCCCACCAGCCCAAGUAGUCAGCAGCCAAAGACUACCUCGUUCAGGUGGUCAGCCGGCUUCAACUCUACAAGCAGGUGUGGGACCAGUGGCAGCAGAGUGGCCUGCCUCAGAAGGUGUUCACAGGCAUGGGCCAGAACUUGCAAGUCCUCAGGGACACAUAUGAAGAGGGGGGCUUGCCAUGGAAUGUGGCAGAAGCCUUGCACAUUGGACUGCACCUCCUGAGCGAAGCUAUGGCAGUGGACAGCCCCAAGGACAGCCACGGCCCUCCACGGAUACUCCAGCAUCUGCAGAAGCUGCAAACUGAGCUGCACCAGCUGCCCCAGUGGCCAGCGCUGGAGAGGCUGCUGCAGCUGGACGGGGCCCUCAGGAGUGUGAUAGCCCAGGAUCUGGAUUUCGUCCAAGGAAUCCUUGUACAUCUGGAGACUUUGACAAAUGAUUCUGCACUGGGUGGACCUGACUGUGGAGACCUAGGGAAAGAGUCAUUCUUUUGGGGGUUAAAGAAGGUGCUGAAAAAGAAUGCCACCAUUGCCUGUCUGCUUGGACGCUUGUCUGAGGAGGAUCCCAUCGGUGUCUUCUUUUCCUGGAUGGAUCAUGGUUUGCAGGAAGCCAUUGCUGGGCACACAGACAGUCUGGCUGCAGACCCUGAAGCACAUCCUGGCUGGCAGGAGAUCCAGAAGCAGCUGAGCCAGCCCUGUUUCAGGCUCUUUCAGUUGUUAAAAGUUGAUGCCUCUCCAGGGAACAGCACCUCUGCUGGUGACUGUGAGCGCCAGCUGGUCCCCACCAUGAUAUUUCAUAUUCUGGAAAAAGCACCAUUGUCACUGGGGCAAAUGUCCCACUGGAAAUCCCUCCCAGAGCUUAUAAAGAGGACCUGUGAGAUGGCUCGAUACGUGAACGCACAGGGAGGUUUCCAGAGCAGUCUGUCCGAUCUCCUUCAGGACUCCCCUUGUUAUGGAGAAAACAUGGAUUGGAAAAUCCUCAGUGACACAUAUUUUGCCUUUUUGAAUAACUUACUGACAUCUCCAGUAACUUCCGCCUCCAGAGCCUUCAGUUUCACAAAGCACCUUCUCAUGAUGGAUAAGAAGUGGAAUGCCCAUGGGAAUGAAGACUCAAGCUUUCUUCUGUCAUUUGUGGAGUUUUUGGAGGAAUUAUUAUUGCCUAAUCCUUUGGAAUCUUCUAGCACUCCUGAGUUCCACAGCCUCCUCUCACUUCCUGAGAAGUUUCCAAAUGGAAGGGUUUUGUGGAUAAAUCACCUAAAAAGUUUAGAGAGACACUCAUCUGGAGCAGAUGCUCAGGAACCAUUGGCACUGGGCAAAACGGUGACAGGAAACAUGGAAACCCAUGGCAGUCCCUGGAUGAGGGAGGGAUACAGAAAUGCUGUGAGAGUCCUGGAAUUAAUGCUGUUUGAAAUGAACGCCAAGCUGCUAGAAUUAUGGCUCUAUGGCAUUUCAGAAGGAGGAAGAGCUAAGUUAGAGUCCCAGGCUACACUUCUGAAUUUUUCUAUCCCAGGAAAUGAGACAAUCCCCAGAGAGAAUUUCAGCUUUUCCCAGUUGCUCCAUUUAGGUUGGCCCGCAUCACCGUCUGCGCACAUAGAUGUUGUGCAUGUGAGCAAGUCUGUAAUAAAUGGUCUCUGUGAGCUUGGAUUUCUGACCCAGGGAUCAGCCUCGGGUACACUGGGCACAGUGGAUGCUAUCAGAAAUGCAUCUAAUCUUUUCUCAGCCCUUUCUGAACUUCAAAAGCAAGAAAUUGACCGAAUUUUGACUCAUAUCUACCUCAAUGUCUUCAAAGACAAGGAUUCUGCUUUACUUCUGCAAAUUUAUUCUUCAUUUUACCAAUUUAUUUCCAAAUUCUCCAGCCUUCAGAAGAGAGAGCCGAUGUUAACUUACCUUAGCCAGAUCUCAAGAUACAUUUCAGACAUCAUAAAGCAGUUUAAUUUCCAAGAUAUCAGUAAAGCAUUUGCAUUUUUGUCUGAAGCUGCUGGGGUUCUUGGGAAGAUUUCUGAAGAAUCUUUCUGUCAGCAGUUGCUUUCGAUUUUUAAGUUUUUGGAACUCCAAUCCCAAUCCCUGAGAUCUACGGAGAACCAAGAAUUGGAAAUGAUCCGUGCUACUUUGGCAGCCCUCAAAGGACUGUUCACAGUAGAUGAUGGUUUUCACAUUUCCCUGCUUCAGUACAUGAGCCAGCUCUUCAAUGAUUCAGGUGAUGCACUGCUGGGUAGUGAGUGCUUUGUUCUCGAUAAUAAAGCAGUUUCUUCUGCAAAACAUUCAACAGCUUCACUCAUCCUCCCAUGGGCACAAAUUUCCUCAGCACUCUCAGCGAAUGCCAGUGAGUUCAGUGAGUUUGUGGCUGUCCACUGUACGGUUUCAUGGCUUCAGAUGUGGGCUGAAACCUGGGAGAGCAUGGCUCAUGUAUCUGGGUUUGACUUGAAUGUUUUUGCUUCUCUUCAUGCUGGUCUCACUCAGCUUUUGGGUGAAUUGGAAAAUGAGGUGAAAAUUUCUAAGAACUGCCAAGGAUUGCUUCCCAGCCAUCAAGUGUCUAGACUUCUGCUAAAUCUGUUUGAAAACGUAUCCCUUGCUGACGGCCUUCAUGUUGAGGAUGAUUUCCGGGACCUUUGGGUACCCUUAAGCAAUGCAUUAGUUGCAGCAAAGUCACUGAACCUGGACCAGGUAGAGAGGUCUCUUUCCACCCUGAAAACAGCCCUGCAUCAGCUAAAGUUGUUCCCAGUGGACACAGAUAUAAGUCGGGAGUUUUUAUGUGCCUUGCUUGAUGUUUUCAUGGAGCUAAGCAAUGCAUCAGGACCUCUGGGUGGAUGCGCAGAACUGAUCAAUCAUGUUCUUUCUGUCAAUCUCACAGAUUACAGAGCAGAGCCUGACAGCAUCGUCACUGAGCUAAGAGAAGCAAUAUUGUUUCUCAGGCAUGUGUCACGUGACACAGAGUUGUCAUCCUGUGCUGCUGUUUUCCACAAUGUGACAGCAUUGAUUUUAGAGGCUGGUUUAUUACGUUCAAACCCUCCCCAGAGGUCAGUGCGUAUUCUGGCCAUGUUAAAUUCCACAUUUUUCUCAGAGAAUGUGACGAGCAGUCUGAGAGGAUGCACUUCAUGGGCGGAUGUUGUAAACCAUGUAGCCUCGAGGUAUAACUCAAGCUUUUCACAGGGCCUCAUUCCCAGCGUUGUUGGGAGUUUCCCAGAUGUAGUGAAUGAAAUGCACACUGCACUGAAAUUGGUGACUCAGGCAUUAAAUAUAAUGAAGCCUCUUUGUUCUUUGAAUGAGCCAGAUAGAAACUGUAUAAAUAUUUACUUGAAAGGCAUAACUGACUUUCUAAAUACUACACUUACUUCAGUCUUUGAAAAAGAAAAGGUACCGAGAUUUGAGAUUUUAUUAACUCUUUUAAAUGAUUCCAUGGACAGUGUGCAAAUGAUUAUCAAGAACUUAACUGCAGAUUUGGAGUUUGCCUCUCAAACUAACUGGAAAAACUUUAGUGCAUUAACUCUUAGACCUGUUGAAGCAUCACAUGCAAUCCCCAAACAGUUUCACAAUGUUUGGCUGCAUUUAGCAGCACUGGGGAAGGAAAUUCAAAACCGUGUGCACAAUAUUUCCCCCAGCAUCCUGCAAGACAUGUCUUCUAAAACUGAAGAAAUCCUGAGGUCACUUGCCACCACUUUAAAGGAGAAGGAGCUGACCGGUUUCGGGAAGUCGUUUUAUCAUUUAGUGAGUUACCUGGCCCUUAACUUAUCUCAUGGUCUCUGGAACUCACCAGAAACUGCUCCAGAAGGAAUACGGACAUCAGUGGAACUUGCUGUUCAGCUGAUAAGGGAUGCGUUCAACGCUUUAACACCCUCGGUCUUGCACAGUCUUGAGGCUGACGCAGGUCACGCUCGCGUUUUGAAACGCCUGUCCUCCUUCACGCGCAGUCUCAGCAGGGCGGACAUAAACCUGUUAGUAGGCCAGCUGGAACGGAUUAGUGAAAGCUCAGUGCAGUUCCUCAAGAAUCUCAGUAGCCCGGGCGCUGACGACCACGGGGUGGUCCGCUUGCUCGUGGGCCUGCUGGAGAAGAUCGCAGACAGCUCGCGUUCCUGGAACGUCGGUCAUCUCCUGCGACUCUCCCGCCUCCUCCCUGGAGAGGUGGUCAACACAGUGGUGGACCUGUACUACGUUCUCCCUCACGUCAUGCAGCUCCUGGAGAGAGUGGCUGACAAAAACCUCACGGAGGGCCUCAAGGAAGUCCGCGACUUCACGCUGCUUCACGGCAUCAGCAUGGCCAACGUCUCCAAGGAGGACUUCGCCAUUGCAAUAAAAUCUCUUUCCAGUGCCAUUGAAGAGGCGUCAGAGCAGCCCACGCUGGUGUCAGAGGCUUUAGCUUGCCUUCCUGUGCUUUGGUGCAGGACUCACGGAGCUGCUGGGUUUCUGCAGAAUCCCGAGUCAGAAGACUGUGAUGCUCAGAGGCUGGAGUCUUCUUCCUUUUAUGGCAAAGUGGCCAGUGUGCUGGACCAUCUCCACCUGUCCCGCGCUCGGGAGGACUCACAGUGCUCCAAGGAGAGCUCACGCGUGGAAAUGACGAGGAAAGUGGUCUGUGUGAUUCGUGAGCUGGCGGCCUGGAAUUCCAUUCUUCUGCAGCUGUCGGAAGUCUUGCAUGUUAAAACUGCGGUGCUGAAAACUGUGCAAGAAUUUUGGCACAAAGUGUUACCCUUUCUCCCCGUUUCUGGAAAUCAAAGUAACAGCAGCGCCCCUGAAUUCUGCCCUGGUGUUCCUAUGAAGCAAGUUGCUUUGCAGAUCAUAGAAAAGCUAGCAAAUGUCAACUUCACAAGAUUUACUUCAGGUAAGAAGAUUCUUGACAAGCUGGCUAGUUUAAACAAGAUUAUAAAUCCUGCCACAGGUUCAGAGGCUGCUGUUCAAACUAAUAUUUCCUUACGUUUGGAAAGGAUACUCAAAUCAAUUACUGGGGAUGGGAACCCAGAAAACAGAACCCAUUACCUGUUCCCCAUAAUCACGAGCCUUCUGGAUAUUAACCACACAGGUAGCAGUUCAGCAGCAUUAGCGAGUUACCUUAAACCAAGGGCGGGGACCUUUGGUUUUGAUAAGCUGUGGUGGGACUUGGAACAAACUGUGAAGGACCUGACAUGUGACGCUAGUGUCAGGCACCUGCUGUCUGAAAUCACCAAAGAAAUCCGAAGUGUGAACUCAGUGGCCCUUCAUAACACCACUGAGUGGCUUUCUUAUUAUCUAGAGAUCCUCCAUUCAUCACCAUCGAAGAUGCUGGAAAUUAUCAAAGAUUUUCUUGUUGUCACAAAAACCUGGCUUCAUGAAUAUGCAAAGGAAGAUUACUCCAGAUUAAUACGAUUAUUAUUUGUCCCUGUGUCCAAUGAGAGUCCACCUGAUAAUGUAACUUUGUUGAUUAAAGAUAUCAUUACCUUUUGGAAUUACCUACAGAACAUUUCCACAGAGGGCAAUUUCCAUGUUGCUUUUCUUUCUCCCCUGCUACAUCAGGAACAGCCAACUAAUUUCUCACUUGUUCAGUGUCUUCUUGAAAAUAUUCUGAUCACUUCCAUCAGUGGCAUAGCUAGGGGUUAUCAGGAAGCAGACCCCUGUUCAUGUGCUAAUGAUCUGCACAAAGCAAAGCUUAUCAACCUCACCUUGAGCCAUGCAUGGUCUGGAAGUGGUGGAAAAACAGUUGUCUCUCCAAGACACGUGGUGGAUUUUGUGGUUCAGCUUGUAAAAACAGCCUUCUCCCUUCUCCUAACAGAGAAUCCUGACAACAAAGUAUGUCUUCUGCUUAAAGGCGUUGAAGAUGUUGCAGAGAUGAGUUCUGUCCCCAGAGAAACCAUUCGAGAAGCUCUGGAGCUGGGUCCAUUUCUGACCUCAAGGAAUGAAGCCGCGUGGAUGAGACUCUUCUCAAGCUUAAAGGAGGAUGUGCAUCGCCUGCUCAGAAGUUCUUACACUGCAGACAGCAGGGAGCCCUAUGUCUACAGCCCCUGGGGGCUGGAGCUGAUGCGUGGUGUCAUCCAUGACCUUCUGUGGGAGGAGUCUGUGGGGAAUAAGCCUGAAGGUGGCCAGGAUUUUCCUGAGAAGCUGAGUCAGGUGCUUUUCCAUGUGAACAGCUCUGAAGAGCUCUUCCAGCUCCAGCAGGGUCUCAGGUCUGUUCUUCACCUUGUGCGAGAAAGCUCUGCAGAGAUGGCAAAUCUCAUGAAUGUGCUGCUCACCUCUCCCGGUGACUUCUGUAUCUUGUAUCCUGGACUCCAGGAAGCCUUACUGGCUCACCUAAGGGACUUGCUUUCCUUCGCAAAUAACACAUUUCCUCUACGGAACAGAGAAGCACUAGAAGUCACCAAGAGGCUGCUUGGUGUCAUUUCCAACACUGGCAUAGAAGGUCAUGUCCUGGGACCCCUUGUGGAAAUAUCUAGAACUCUAGCUACAUUGCUGGGUGACAGUGCUGGGCUGAAAGAUCUGGUCACAACAGUGGACUCCUUUGUGAAACUUCUGCAGCUGGCCAAGAAACUUUCAGGGAAGAUAGUCACAGUCUCUGAGACUCACCCCAUCUCCCAGCCCAAAGACAGCAAAAAAUUCUUCCAUGCCCUCUAUUUUAGCAUGCAACAGAGAGUUCAGCAUCUUGUGAAGGAAAUGGCUACUUUGGAGAAAGAUCAUUUCACAUUUGAAAAUGUAAAUGAUCUGUUGGUGCCAUUUCUUGACCUGGUCUUUGGGAUGAUUGGGGUGACACCUGAUGUUUCACAGGACCCUCAUAUUUCCAGUCUGUUUCCUGACUUCCUCACAGAUGUGAACCAAUCCAAGGACUUUACUGAGAUUUUGAAAGAAAUUGCUCAAUUUUUAACUUCUGCUAAAACUGACUUGGGAGAUUUGGCACGCCUUGUGCUGGCAUUUAAUAACAGGACUUGGAUAUUUCCGAUGGAUUCUGUCAACUUAUGGAAUGAAAUUCUGGGCUGCUUAGUUCCCAUAAAUGACAUCACCAGUCAAAUCAACUUCUUACACUCCAAUCCUGUUUCCUCUCAUGGUGGCCCCCAAGAUACCCAGUGGGAAAGAAUUCAUGAAGUCCUGCCUGUUUUGGGUAGAAUGUUAACAGAAAACAGCACAGAAAUAAGAACUUACAUGAAAAUUCUGGCUGAUCUCACCUUAGGCUCUUUGGGGAGCAGUUUAGGGAGGGACGAUGCAGAUCUUCUGGACCUGUGGCUGACAUCUGCUCAGCCCCCACACAGCCUUUUGGAAGACACAGCCACAGGCGAGGAGGCUUCGCACAGAAUCACAAGUGACAGCGGAGAUGGUUUCAGUGAAGGUUUACUUUCCAACCUGUCCUCCAUUCAGAACAUAACUGGUCAUCACCUUGAGCAAGCCAUCCAGGGGGCCCUAGCUAGAAUCAUGCUCUUGAGGCUCCUCCCAAACGACUCUCGGUGGGAAAACUCUGUGAGCACCAGGUUCCGGCCUGUUUCUGAGACUUUUAUGAAUGCAACCGCAGGGAAGAAUCACACAGCAGCCCAAGAGGAGAGGACCACGGAAGAGACGAUGGGCUCACCUCCUAAUACCAAACCAUCAUCGAGUUUCAAGAAAUAUCUCAAGCGAUUAAUAGUAUUGAUUGAAAACUGGCAAAAAGUCUCACUGACCAAUGCAAGUGUGGUGGAGCUGUGUCGAGUCUUCCAGCAGCUGGAUGAGUCCUCGGAAGCCAUGGCCAAGCUACAGACAGUGGAGGUGGCGGUUCUGCGUGCACUCGUUAUCCUUGCAGAAAACCCGUCAUGGACACAGGAGGUCCUGUGUGCAGCUCUGAGCUGUGAGCAAGGAGGGGUGCGGGGUCUCAUCUUUUUCGCUCUCCAAGGGGCCGCUCUGGUGCACAACGUCUCCCAGGAGACGGAGAGGACAUGGAGCCUGCCCGUGCGGUUGAAUUGUGAGCAUCUUAGCAGGGUCCUGUCCAGAGCCCUGGAAAGCUUCAGGAGCGCCUUGGAAGAUGCCUCUGAGGAGCACUGCCUGUGCCAGCCUCCACUGGGAGUGGUCCCACAGGGCAUGCACGCGCUGGCCGAAAGUCUUGGGGAGACCUGGAUAUCAAAGAACCCCAUCAUGACUUUUCUUAGCAAGUUCACGGUCACUGAGGCAGUGAAAGUAAAAGAGUUGAUGACAAAUGUCACCAAGUUAACUGAGGAGCUCCGGGCUUCCGUCCACGUCUCUGGUGGAACCAUCCACAGCCUGCUGGAAGCGAAUAUUUCCCGCUCAAAGGUGCUCCCCAGUGCCCUCAUGGUGGCUUUGUCUGGAAAGUGUGACCGGGAACUCCUCAGCCUCCUGCUGACCUUUCCCGAGGACCAGCAGGCUGAUGCUGCAGUAGUAGAGCUCUGUGGGCUGCCCGGGUCUGAAGUGUUUACUCUGAUCAUGGUCCUCAGCCGGAACCUGGAUCUGCGCACGUUUGUCUACAAGGCCCUGAUCCCGCCCGAUGCCCGUGGCCUGCUCAGCGGCCUGCUGGAGGUGGUGUCCAGCCUCAGCUCUGUGCUUAUGAAAGCCCAACGCGUCCUCAGACUCUUUCCUGGAUUUCUUCAGGCCUUUAAGAUUGACGUCCUGCUGGAGGCAGCGGACCUUGGGCAGGCUUCACCACAGGGCCUGGCCCGAAACUCAGCUUUUGGUUCUUUCCAGUCUGUGAUGAGCGUGGUCUGCCAGGACCAAGCAUCUUUCCCCAGCAGUUCGAGCUCUUUCCUGAAUUUGCCCAGUGUUGAACAACUCUUGGAAGACGACAAGGAAAAAUUCAACAUCCCUGCUGAUUCCACACCAUUUUGCUUGAAGCUCUAUGAGGAAAUUCUGCAGUCUCCAAAUGGUGCCUUAGUGUGGUCCUUCCUGAAACCCGUAUUACACGGAGAAAUCCUCUAUACACCCGACAUCCCGGCGAUUAACAAGGUCAUCCGCAAGGCUAAUCACACUUUCUAUUUUGUGAACAAGUUGAAAACUUUAUCAGAAACAUUGCUGAAGACCCUCAGCCUUUUCCAGGGAAGCGGAAGUGGACAGAUGCUCUUCCAGCUGCAGGAAGCCCUGAGGAACAGAUUCAUACGGAGGUUUGUAGACAGCCAGCUGCACGUGGAUGUGGACAGACUCCUGGGAGAGCUCCAGCACUAUGGAGGGAUGCUGGACAAAGUCUUCAACCACACGGGGGCUGGACACUUCCACUUCCUGGGCAGUGCUCUGGUCAACCUCUCCUCCUGCAUACUGCUGAACCGCUUCCGGGCCGUGGAGUCAGUGGACGUCCUGGACUCGGAAGCACACAGACUUAUGAAGCAGAACAAGUUCUUGGCCAGUGUCAUCUUCAAUGCGUCCUCCGUGGGAAAGAGCUUGGGCUCAGGGUCUCUCCAAUUGCUGCCCCACGUCACGUACACGAUUCGCACCAGCAUCUUACACAGCAUGAGGACGGAUAUGAUAAAAAACCCUUCGUGGAAGUUCCAUCCUCAGAGUCUGCCAGCCGACGGGUUCAAAUACAACUACAUCUUUGUGCCGCUGCAAGACAUGAUCGAAAGGGCCAUUGUCGAGGUGCAGACCGGGCAGGAAGUCCUGGAGCCGACUGCUCAGACGCAGGCAGCGCCCUACCCGUGCCACACCAGUGACCUGUUUCUGAACAAUGUCGGGUUCUUCUUCCCACUCAUCAUGAUGCUGACUUGGAUGGUGUCCGUGGCCAGCAUGGUGCGGAAGCUGGUGUAUGAGCGGGAGAUCCAGAUAGAGGAGUACCUGCAGAUGAUGGGCGUCCACCCAGCCAUCCACUUUCUGGCCUGGCUCCUGGAGAACAUGGCCAUGCUCACCCUGAGCAGCGCCACUGUGGCCAUCAUUCUAAAAGCCAGUGGCAUCUUCACACACAGCAAUGCCUUCAUCCUCUUCCUCUUCCUCCUGGACUUCGGGGUGUCAGCCAUCAUGCUGAGUUACUUCUUAAGUGCAUUUUUCAGCCAAGCUAACACAGCCGCCCUCUGCACUAGCCUAGUGUACCUCAUCAGCUUCCUGCCCUACAUAGUCCUGCUGGUUCUGCACAAGCAACUAAGCCUGGCUGUCCAGACGCUUCUGUGCCUCCUCUCGACCACGGCCUUUGGACAAGGGGUGUUUUUCAUCACGUUCUUGGAAGGACAAGAGGCAGGGAUCCAGUGGCAUAAUAUGUACCAGGCUCCAGAACCAGGGAGCAUGACAUUUGGCUGGGUUUGCUGGAUGAUUCUGUUUGACUCAAGCCUUUAUUUUUUAUGUGGAUGGUACCUGAGCAACUUGAUUCCUGGAGCUUUUGGAUUGAGGAAACCAUGGUAUUUCCCCCUGACUGCAUCAUACUGGAAAAGUGUGUGUGGCCUGGUGGAGAAACAGUGGCAUUCUCCAAGCCCCAGCCUCUGCUUUUUCACUGAGGACUUUGGCAACAAAGGGUCUUCACAGCAGAAGAGGAAAGGAGAGCUUGAGGAGGAGUCCCUGGGGGUCGCCCUGGUGUCUGUCACCAAGAAGUAUGAGGGCCACGAGGUGGCAGUGAAAGACUUGACCCUCACCUUCCACAGGGGCCAGAUCACAGCCCUCCUGGGGACCAAUGGUGCCGGGAAGACCACUGUCAUAUCCAUGCUGACUGGGCUCUCCCCUCCCACCUCUGGAACCAUCCUCAUCAAUGGCAAGAACCUGCAGACGGACCUGUCCAGCAUCCGUGCAGAGCUGGGGGUGUGUCUGCAGCAGAACGUCCUCCUGGACAACCUCACUGUGUGGGAGCAUCUGCACCUCUUCGGGUCCAUAAAGGCGCCACAGUGGACCAGGCAGGAGCGACAGCAGCAAGUUGACAAAACUCUCGAGGAUGUGGGACUAAUUCAGCACCAGCACAAGCAAACUCAGGCCCUGUCUGGAGGCAUGAAGAGGAAGCUGUCCCUUGCCAUCGCUUUCCUGGGCCAGUCCAGGACCGUGGUCCUGGAUGAGCCCACCAGCGGGGUGGACCCUUGCUCCCGCCGUGGCCUCUGGGACAUUCUGCUCAAGUACCGGGAAGGCCGCACGAUCAUCUUUAGCACCCACCACCUGGAUGAGGCAGAGCUGCUCAGUGACCGCGUGGCCAUCCUCCAGCAGGGGCAGCUCCGGUGCUGUGGGCCUCCCUUCUGCCUCAAGGAAACAAGUGGCCGGGGGCUCCGCCUGACGCUGGCAAAGCAGCUCUCUGUGCUGGAAGCCCACAGUCCCAAGGACACAGCUCGCCUUACAGCCCUGAUCCAGGCCUACGUCCCGCAAGCUGUCCUCAGAGGCAUCAGCGGGCGGGAGCUGACCUAUGCUAUCCCACAGGACGCAGAUAAGACCUGCUUCAAGGGGCUUCUCCAGGCCCUGGACCAGAACCUGCAGCCCCUACACCUCGAGUGCUAUGGAGUCUCAGCCCCCACCUUGGAGGAGGUGUUUUUGACACUUUUGGAAGAUUCCAACAAGAAAUUGCACAUUGCUCCAGGCACCGAGUUAGAGCCUCAGGGCCAAGAACCCGCUGUGCCGACCACCAACCCCUGUGAGGUGGAGACAUCACCUCGACAAACCCCGCCUGCACUGGUCUGUGGCCACCAGCUGCUCCUGACACAGAUGGUGGCACUCCUGAGGAAGCGGCUGCUCUGCACGUGCAGAGCCUGGAAGAGCACGGCCUGUGACCUGUUGCUGCCUGUCCUCUUCGUAGCCUUGGCCAUGGGCUUGUUCAUGGUGCAGCCUCUGGCCACUGAAUACCCACCACUCCAAAUGACACUGGGCCACUAUGAGAGGGCAGAGAAGUACUUUUUCAGCAGCGGGACAGAUGACAUGGACCUCACCCCUGUGCUCCUGCGGAAGUUCUGCGAUCAGGGUCUUCCCUGUGCUGAUCCCGACCCAGAUCCGAUGAAUUCUUCAUGUUGGCACAGGGACCCCUUUUCUCCCUCUGAAUUCCAGGAUUCCUGUGGCUGCCUGAAGUGUCUGAACAGAAGUGCAGGGGCGCCCUACCUGACCAACAACCUGGGCCACACCCUGUUCAAUCUCUCCGAGUUCCCAGUGGAGCAGGACUUACUGGUGCCAUCUGAAAAUCCAAGCCUUGGCGGCUGGUCUUUCGGAGUGAGGGUCCUAGGUGGAGCUCAAGACGUGAAUGCCAAUGCCACAAAACCAAGACCUCCGGCAAAGGUGUGGUUUAACCAGAAGAGCUUUCACUCCCUGCCUUCCUACCUCAAUCAUCUGAACAACCUCAUUCUGUGGAGACACUUGCCCCCAGACAUGGACUGGAGACCUUAUGCAAUAACGCUGUACAGCCACCCAUACGGAGGAGCCUUGCUGAAUGAGGACCAGAUCCUGGAGAGCAUCCGGCAGUGCGGCGUGGCCCUGUGCAUUGUGCUGGGAUUCUCCAUCCUGUCUGCAUCUGUUGGGAGCCAUGUGGUGAGGGACAGGGUGACCGGAGCCAAGAGGUUGCAGCAUAUAAGUGGUCUUGGCUACAGGACGUACUGGGUCACUCACUUCUUGUAUGACAUGCUCUUCUACUUGGUUUCCGUCUGCCUGUGUGUCACCAUCAUCAUCGCCUUCCAGCUCACAGCCUUCACCUUCCGAGAGAACCUGGCGGCCACAGCACUCCUGCUGGUACUGUUCGGAUACGCAACGCUCCCGUGGAUGUAUCUGCUGUCCGGAGUCUUCCCCAGUGCCGACAUGGCCUUCAUCUCUUACAUCUCCCUGAACUUCAUCUUCGGCCUCUGCACCCUGCUGAUGACCACCAUGCCCCGGCUGCUGGCCAUCAUCUCCAAAGCCCAGAAUUUGCAGAACAUCUAUGACACCCUGAAGUGGGUCUUCACGAUUUUCCCCCAGUUCUGCCUUGGCCAAGGGCUGAUAGAACUGUGCUAUAAUCAAAUCAAGUAUGACCUGACCCACAGCUUUGGCAUUGAUUCCUAUGUGAGCCCCUUUGAGAUGCAGUUCCUGGGCUGGAUCUUCGUGGGACUGGCUUCACAGGGCACGAUCCUCCUCCUGCUGAGGGUGCUGCUGCAUGGGGACCUUCUGCGUUGGUCGGGGGCUCACUCUGCGGCCCGAGGCACAGGCGAGUGCUCUGCUGACUCAGAUGUUGAGGAAGAGCGGAGGCGAGUGCGGGAAGGCAGGACCGUUAGGGACAUCCUGGUGCUGCAAGGCCUGAGCAAGAGUUACAGAAGCAUUUUCCGCAAGAUCCCUGCUGUGCAGGACCUCAGCGUGGGCAUUCCAAGAGGAGAGUGCUUUGGGCUCCUGGGGGUGAACGGAGCUGGGAAGAGCACGACCUUCAGGAUGCUGACCGGUGAUGUCCUCCCAAGUUCGGGCCACACUGUCAUAAGGACACCCACGGGAGCCACUGUGAGUCUGGCUUCCGCAGGCCAGGCAGGCGUCCUCAUCGGCUACUGUCCGCAGCGGGAUGCCCUGGACGAGCUGCUGACCGCGUGGGACCAUCUCCACUACUACUGCAGCCUCCGAGGAAUCCCGGGGGAGCGCAUCCCUGAGGUGGCUGCAGACCUCGUGAGGCGCUUACACCUGGAAGCCCAUGCGGACAAGCGUGUGGCGACCUACAGCGGGGGGACCAAGCGGAAGCUCUCCACUGCCCUGGCCCUGGUGGGCAAACCGGACAUCCUGUUACUGGAUGAGCCCAGCUCUGGAAUGGACCCGUGCUCCAAGCGCUUCCUGUGGCGGACGAUUCUGCAGGAGGUCAGGGCGGGCUGCGCCGCAGUGCUCACCUCUCACAGCAUGGAAGAAUGUGAGGCACUCUGCACUAGACUGGCCAUCAUGGUGGACGGCAGCUUCCAGUGUCUUGGCUCCCCACAGCACAUCAAAGACCGGUUUGGUGAUGGUUAUACGGUCAAAAUUUGGCUCAGUAAGGAAGAAAAUCAACCUAGCACUAUUUCUGACUGCUUGAAGCUCCACUUUCCAGGAAUCCAGUUUAAGGGCCAGCGCCUUAAUUUGUUGGAAUACCAUGUGCCCAGAAGUUUGGCGCGUCUAGCUGACUUGUUCAGCAUUCUGGAGAGCAAUAAGACCACCUUACAUAUCCAGCACUAUUCCGUUAGUGAGACCACUCUGGAACAGGUAUUUGUUAACUUUGCCACCAAGCAACAGCAAUCUCUGCCCUCUACUCUGGAUCCGCCCCCUGGUGGCCACUGCCCAAGUCACCUGCCUGUGUGACCAGUAAAGAAGAGACCUAGUGUCCUAUUGCCUUCAGUGCCCAUGCUUCACAGAACAAGGACCCCUGAGGAUGCAGAGAGUGUGUUGUGGGGACUCAAGUCUUCUCUCCUUCGUUGUCCAGUUUAAAACUCCUUAUUAAUAACCUGCAAACUGAAAGAUCAUUCUUUCCCAUAGACUUUUAGUGAGCCCGGCUCCCCAUAGAGUUUCCUCAGUGGCCAAGCCAGGCGGGCACCAAAUUUUUUGAGAUGAAGGUGUGGAUGCAAAGACAGCAUCCACACUGAGAUGCUCUGAAGGCGGAGACCCGGUCCCGCUUGAUUCUGAGGUUAACUCCCUCUUUCCGGGAAACAGGGCCCCUCCCUUGACACUGUUAGCUUACUCUCCUGACUCGCUUGUGUUGGGAACAGUGUGGAGGGGAUUUCCUGACUUUGCUGUCUUUCCACUGGACAUGCCCAUGUGGCUUUAAGGAAUAAAACCUCAAUGCAAACUUUUCCUCAGACCAGAUGACAGGAUGCAGUAUGAUGUGGGAAAAUUGUCGGCUUCUUCAUACAGAGAUUCUUUUCAAUGCUAAGAACUAGAGAGUAUUUUUGAUCCACCUAUUUGCACAACUGAAGAAAUUGAGCCAGUUUUUAAUGUGUCAUCCUUCAUAGUUUUACCAGAAUCUCAUAGAAUGUCUGAAAAUUUAUGAGAUUAUACAAAGAAACAGAACAUGGAUUCGUUUUUUAAUUUGAGGAAUAAUUGCUCUUUCUGUUACUCCAAGCUCUGUGGUUUCUCGAACGCUGAUGGUUCUCAUACAAGCUGCACUGGAAUCCUGGGAAUUUGGUAGAAGUUCAGGUUCCCAGGCCUCCUCCCAGAGCAGGGGAUUCUCAAGUCCUAGAGCUGGAGGAUCGGGAUUGAUACAAACGUGUUCCAGUUUGAGAACCAUUAACGUGUCAGGUUAGCUUCUCACUAAGCAAGCGAAGUCAGCAGAGUGGCAUGAACUACUCAUUUACAUUUCAAGUUUUUAAAAUUUUUCUGGAAAUUAUGUCAUUCUAAGAAUUGUGGUCCUUAAAGAUGUGGCUCUCAAAGGGGAGGAUGUUAACCUGAUACUUUGCAUCUUGUAGAUUAUAAGUUGCAUUAAAUCAGUGGCUCUUCCACUGGAAAUAAUUUUUUGCAUAUUUCUGGGCCUCCACAUGGCAGCAUUUUGUACAACGUUAGUGGACAAGCAUGUUGAUUUCACCCUGAAAUUUGUUUUUUUCCAAUUGGAGCAUUGGGAGUUUGUGAUGGAAGGAAAACACUUCAUUUUGACAUUUCUUUACUGAAACCACAUUUUAUUAAUAAGGCAGAGAAGAUUAGAUGGUAGGAACAGCUAUUUUCGAGAAAACAAGACAUCAUAAUAGCUAGUGCUGAUUUAAUGUCUUGUUUUGAAGUUCCAUCAAGCUUUUGUUCUUCUGACUCCAUCGGUCUUAACAUGUUGUAUCUUAUUGGAUUUUAUUAUAUGUGAUAAUAUAAACAAAAACUUUUAUAGACACGGAGAUUAUACAGAAACCAUUGUUCAUUUUCUGUUAGUUGGUUCUAAAUACCCUGUAAUACUGUCAUUCUCUUGAAUGGUUUUACAUUGUCUUGAUGUGUUUGAUGCUACAGUAUACGAAGUUAUCCUCAAAGAUUUCAAGGAAAAACACACUCUGGUAACUACUUUUAUGUUGGGAUACCUGGAGGUGAAACACUAUUUUGCUAAAAUGGUUAUGUUUUGACCUGUGCUGUUUUGUUGUUAUGUCCUCUUUUAUCUCAAUCUCCUUUUUUUAUUAUUUACUUUUUUAUUUUUAUCUUUGUAAUUAAGGCAAAAAUUUAAAAAAAAGGAUAUACUUUGAUUUCCUAUUAACUUGAUUUGAAACUCUGUAUUGCUCUCACCAUCUUAUUUUGACUGAUUUUCCUCUAUUCUGUCUUGCUUGAUACUACCAAGUUUGAGAGUAUAGGCAACAACUGUGAAGACAAUACGACUCAUUAUGAUGCCCAUUCUGGUUUGACUAUUAUCUUCUUUUGAAAUCCUGUAAUGUCUUCAAUAUUUUGGUUUUAUUGGUUUUGUUCUUUACUGUUUUGUUCAAUUUUAUUAUAACUGAUGAUGUAGGCAAUUAUUUUUAAGAUAGCAAGAGGCAUUAUGGUAACCAAUGUAGAUCACUUUGUAUUUUGUUUUUACAGUAUAUAUUAUGUCCAUCCUUUUGAUUUGACUGACUCUGUUUUGUUACAUCACAUUUGGUUUUAUUCUCUUCAAAAAAAAUAAUAAGAACUGUGGGAGUAAUAAAACCCAAAAUGUGUAAUUUUCAUUGUACAAAAGAAAGGAAAAAAAAGUGCUCUAAAGAAUAUAAGUGCAUGUAUAUUUAAGUGUAUAAGAUAGAUAACCAUAUUACUGAGUUUUGUUGGAUCAUUGAACAGAACUGUUUGCAGUCUCACUGUUUUUACACUUUGUAUGCUUUGAUUUUGUAACUUGAACAGCUAUUUCUAAGAUGACAAUAUGUAAUCUGUUAGCUAGUGAUUUCCUACUGUUUGUGUUUUCUGAGAUUCUGUGUAACUUGUACACUUUUUUUGUUAUUUUUUUCUUUUUC